AUGCACACGGGACAGACUGUGACGGACACUGGACAGACUGUGAUGGACACUGGACAGACUGUGAUGGACACGGGACAGACUGUGACGGACACUGGACAGACUGUGACGGACACUGGACAGACUGUGACGGACACUGGACAGACUGUGACGGACACUGGACAGACUGUGACGGACACUGGACAGACUGUGACGGACACGGGACAGACUGUGACGGACACGGGACAGACUGUGACGGACACGGGACAGACUGUGAUGGACACGGGACAGACUGUGACGGACACGGGACAGACUGUGACGGACACUGGACAGACUGUGACGGACACGGGACGGACUGUGACGGACACGGGACAGACUGUGACGGACACGGGACGGACUGUGACGGACACUGGACAGACUGUGACGGACACGGGACAGACUGUGACGGACACGGGACAGACUGUGACGGACACGGGACAGACUGUGACGGACACUGGACAGACUGUGAUGGACACGGGACAGACUGUGAUGGACACGGGACAGACUACUGUGACGGACACUGGACAGACUGUGGCGGACACUGGACAGACCGUGGCGGACACUGGACAGACCGUGACGGACACGGGACAGACUGUGACGGACACGGGACAGACUGUGACGGACACGGGACAGACCGUGACGGACACGGGACAGACCGUGACGGACACGGGACAGACCGUGACGGACACGGGACAGACCGUGACGGACACGGGACAGACCGUGACGGACACGGGACAGACCGUGACGGACACGGGACAGACCGUGACGGACACGGGACAGACCGUGACGGACACGGGACAGACCGUGACGGACACGGGACAGACCGUGACGGACACGGGACAGACCGUGACGGACACGGGACAGACCGUGACGGACACGGGACAGACCGUGACGGACACGGGACAGACCGUGACGGACACGGGACAGACCGUGACGGACACGGGACAGACUAUUGCACAGAAGUAUGACCUGCAUAAGGAGGAGGAGCUGCGCUUCUGGAUAGAGGAAAUGACUUCCAUGACCAUCGGAGAGAACUUCCAGAAGGGCCUGAAGGACGGGGUGAUCCUGUGCGAACUCAUGAAGAAACUGCAGCCUGGAGCCAUCAAGAAGACCAACCACUCCAAGCUCAACUGGCACCAGUUGGAGAACCUGGGGAACUUCAUCAAAGCCAUGCUGGCAUACGGCAUGAAGCCCACAGACAUUUUUGAGGCCAACGACCUGUUUGAGAACGGGAACAUGACGCAGGUGCAGACCUCUCUGCUGGCUCUAGCCAGUAUGGCCAAGACCAAAGGCAUGGACACCAAGGUGGAUAUUGGGGUGAAAUACGCAGACAAAACACAGAGGCACUUUGACGAGGGCAAGAUCAAAGCAGGACAGUGUGUCAUCGGACUGCAGAUGGGGACUAACAAGUGUGCGAGCCAGGCUGGGAUGACCGCAUAUGGGACCAGGAGGCACCUGUACGACCCGAAGACCCAGACGGACAAGCCCUACGACCAGACCACCAUCAGCCUGCAGAUGGGCACAAACAAGGGUGCCAGCCAGGCGGGCAUGUCUGCACCCGGCACACGCAGAGACAUCUUUGACCAGAAGGUGGCGCUGCAGCCUGCGGAUAACUCCACCAUCUCCCUCCAGAUGGGCACUAACAAAGUGGCAUCCCAACGCGGCAUGAGCGUGUACGGCCUGGGACGCCAAGUCUACGACCCCAAGUACUGUGUGCCCCCCACAGAGCCCGUCAUCCACAGCAAUGGCUCCCAGGGGCCCCACGGUUCUGACAUCAGCGACAGCGAUUACCAGCACGACUACCAGGGGCCCUACCAUGGGGACUACCCGGCCGAGUACCAGGGGCCUAACCACGGGGAAUACCCAGCCGAGUACCAGGGGCCCAACCACGGGGAGUACCCAGCCGAGUACCCUGCAGAGCACCAAGGACAGGAGUACCACCAGAGCUACCACAACAACUACAACUACAGCCAGGGAGCGGACUAUUAG